AUGAGUAGCAUUAGCACAGACUCCAACUACACCAUGCACGUGGCCAGCGCGGAAUCCGAUGAGGCUGAAACUGAAGCGCUGCUUGGGGCUUCUUCGGCUGAGUUCAUUUCGCCUACACCGGAGGGUUCUGCUGGACCACGCCACCAGCUGUUCGCGAUGACCCACCGGGAGGUUCGAGAGUUGCUGCAUGAAGAACAGGUUCAAAUGCAAGCUGAGCAGCAAAGGGACUUGCCGCAGCCAGUGCCACCUCCACUGGAGGAAAAGCGCCUGGUGGUAGAUCCCUGCUUGGGUCGCUUGGAGCUCCUUUGGGCAAAGGCACGCUUGGCUUUGGUCAUUCUGUCUGGCUUUGCCUUCGUGGCCCUGCUGGGUAGACUUGGGCACAACUGGCUAGAGAUGCGAUUGGCAAAGGGCGAGAUCCCUCCAAUGGAAGCCGCCCUUUUGAUUGGAGUCGUGAUGCCUGCGGCUUUGGUGGGAUUUUUGUGUGUCUUAGAGCACACUGAAUGGCGAUAUGUGCGCACGGUCUUCCCGACCUCCGAGCCGUAUACCCCGCUCCUUCACGAGCUCCUGCCUAGGCUUCGAAGACUUUGCCGCCUGUGA